AUGGAGUCAACAGUAACUAAUACCCGUUUAUUUCAAUAUGCUAAAAAAGAAACAACACCUUUCCGUUUAUUUAUUCAAAAAUUUCGACAUGAUUGGUCAUUCGUUCUUGCUGCUAUGUUAGCAUUUAAUAUAUUACUUGCAAUAUUACCUAUGGCUAUAACAUUAUUUGGUAUACUCGGUCUUAUUAUUGGUAAUCGUCCUGAUUUACAAAAUCGUAUAAGAAAUCAUAUUGUUAAUUCAUUUCCACCAAAAGCUAAUGAAGGUGUACGAGAAAUAAUAAAUAUGGCAUUUAGACGAUUACAACAUGAUGCUGGAGUUAUAUUAGCAAUUGGUAUAAUAUUUGCUAUUCUUGGUAGUUCAAGAUUAUUUAUUGCUAUUGACCGAUGUUUAACAAUAAUUUAUCGUGUUGAAGAACGAAAAUUUCUUAAAAAACGUAUAUUAGCUAUUGGUAUGCUUUUUCUUUUUCUUAUACUUAUACCAUUAAUGGUAGCUGCAUCAUCAGCCCCAUCAUUACUUCUUGGUGCAAUUCCAAAUGCUGGUGGACGUUUUGGAGUAUAUAUUGCUGGAAUUUUAUUAAGUUUAUUUUUUUCAUUUAUUUUUUUUGAAAUUAUUUAUUUAAUUAUACCAAAUAAAAAAAUGACAUUGAAACAAACAUGGUGUGGAUCAAUUGUUGCCGCUGGUGCUUUACAAUUAUUUAUGAUACUUUUUCCACUUUAUGUAACAAAAUCUUUAUCAAGUUAUACAGGUCAAAUUGGUGCACAAAUUAAUGCUUUCUUUUAUGAACAUAUUCAACCAUUACCUGUUUCACUUGGAACAUAUAUUAGUAAACUUUCUCAUGUAUAUCGUUAUGAUGAAACGAGACAACCAUUGAAUAUUUAA